AUGACUUUACCAAAUCUAGCUGAUAGGAAGUUAACUUUUAAAGACGAUGAAGAGGACGAAGAGGGAUUUGUCAGAAUGACUCGUCAACUUACUAAUCUCGAGGACACACCAACUCCAACCGCAUCAAUUCUUCAACCUCCCACUGAAGCUUCUACACCUCAACCAUCAGAGACAGAAACGGAUUCAAUAUUUUUAAGACCACACAUAAAUUCAUUACACAAAUCAUCAUCAUUAAUUCGUCAAGCAUCACUUACAUCAGCAGUUUCAACACCAGGAGAUAAUAUAAAUACAAAUAACAAUAAUACACCUCUUGAA